AUGGCAGGUGACAUGGUGGCAACAGCAACCCCAUCAAAUGGUUCCAACAACAGAGGUCUAUCGGAACUCCUGACCUGCUGCUGCAUCGCUGUUCUCGGCGCCUUAGCUGCAACUCUCGCCCAAUUCGUUGCAGAAACCUUCCUCUAUCACCUCCUCACACUGCUGGAGCACCGAUUUCCAUCUCUCGGCGUGUGCCGAAUCAUCCCCAACGUGCCCUUCCGCCUGACGCACUUUACCCGGCAGAACUUCCUCGCCGUCUUCGUCUCCCACCUCCCACUCUUUUUCCUCGUUGGGUACCUCUGGGAGGGUAUCGUCGCACGCGCUGAGCUGGUGUUUCCCCCACGUGUGCUGCCCACGUGGGUGCUGGCGUGGGGUAUCAUGGUGGCACAUGAUGCGUGGUUCUUCUGGACGCACUCGCUCAUGCACGUGAAUAAGACGCUGUACCGCGCGUUGCAUGCCAUGCACCACCGCACCACCACGGACCUUGGUGUAUUUUCCACCUCCAAUGCCGACCCUUUCGAGUUCAUCCUAGAUUGGUCGGCCUUCUACAUGCUCUUCGUCCUCCUCCUCCACUCCCUACCCUCCUGGCGUCCCCUGGAGCUAGCCCUGGCCCUCAUCCCAGUGGGCAUGGUCAACACCAUGGGCCAUUGUGCCUACCAACUUCCCCCCUUGGUCUUUGUGCCUCUCUCCUUCGGCAUUCUGCUCACUCCUUGGGCUCAGCGCCCCACCACGCACUUCCUCCACCACCUGGAUCCUCGCUAUAAUCGGUCCCUGUAUUUCACUUGGUGGGAUCGGAUGGUGGGCACGUUCAAAGAUGGGGAUAAGGAGUUCCGUGCAAGGAAAUGCAUGCAGGAUGGGAGGAAGGAAGAGUAG